CAGCCAGGGCACAGAGGCAAUGAGCUAUCUGCUCAGCUUAACAGCAGGACGCUGGCAACAGGCGCUCUCUGCUCCGGUCCAGCCUGCCCGCUCCGCCGCCGCUAUGGUCUCCGUGCCUACCACCUGGUGCUCCGUUGCUCUAGCCCUGCUCGUGGCCUUGCACGAAGGAAAGGGCCAGGCUGCUGCCACCCUGGAGCAACCAGCAUCCUCACCUCAUGCCCAAGGCGCCCACUUGCGGCUUCGCCGUUGCUCCUGCAGCUCCUGGCUCGACAAGGAGUGCGUCUACUUCUGCCACUUGGACAUCAUCUGGGUGAACACUCCUGAACAGACAGCUCCUUACGGCCUGGGAAACCCGCCAAGACGCCGGCGCCGCUCCCUGCCAAGGCGCUGUCAGUGCUCCAGUGCUAGGGACCCCACCUGUGCCACCUUCUGCCAUCGAAGGCCCUGGGCUGAAGCCGGGGCAGUCCCAAGCAGCAAGUCCCCUGCAGACGUGUUCCAGACUGGCAAGACAGGGUCUGCUGCAGGAGGCCUUCUCCAAAGACUGAGGGACAUUUCCACAGCCAAGAACCUCUUUGCCAAGCGACAGCAGGAGGUGGUGUGGGAGCCGCGGCCCACACACUCCAGGUGGAGGAAGAGAUAGCUGAGAGAGCUGGAGGAGCACUGGGAAGGAAGCCUGCGGGGACACAGGAGGAGAGAAGUGGGCUGGGCCCGUGCGAGACUCUCUGCCUGCUUCCUGGACCGGGGCUUUGGUCCCAGACAGUUGGACCCAUUGGCCAGGAUUGGCACAAGCUCUGGCCCCCUCACCCUGGUGAAGGAGCCUCCUCCAAGGCAGCUCCGUGCCCUCCCACUGCCCAGGGAAGCCCUCCGCCUCCAGACUGCAGAGCAGCCUCCAGCACUGGCUGCUGGCCCAGGGCCCUGAUGGAAGGAAUUGCUUGGGGAGAACAUUUACCUGGAGGCUGCAUCCUGAGGAGUGUCCUGGCUGCUGGGCUGCAAACCAGGAGCAACUGUGCAGCCGCGAACACUCAUGCUUCAGCCAGCCCUGGAGGCUGGAUGGCUCCCCUGGGGUUGGCGUCCUGGCUGGCUCUUCCUCUCCAGCUCUCCCUCCCCAGUCCUUGCACCUCAUCCCCUCCGGACCCUCCUGGUGAGAAGGGCCUGUUCUGCUUCUCCUGUCUGUACAUAACUUAUUCGCUCUAAGAACUUGGAGAAUCCCAAUUAUUUAUUUUAAUGUAUUUUUCUAGACCCUCUAUUUACCCACAAACUUGUGUUUGUCAUAAAUGAGGAAA